AUGGAGCACCUUUCAGAGACCUCGGAAUUAUUGUUUCCAGUGGGCACGUUAUAUCCAUAUGACUUUGUGGGGGAUUGCCCGAACCCAGUGCGCAUCUGCAGUGAUGAGGAUCUUUUCAUCGGACAUGACCCAGACUGCAAUUAUCGUGUCUCUUCAGUAGGCAUCUCACACAAACACGUCCGAAUCUUCACUAUCCUCCCGGCAUCUUCCAGCAGACCGGAAAUCCCGGCCCUCGUUUUUGCUCAAGAUAUAUCCCAAAAUGGAACAUUGCACAAUGGAUGUUCCAUGAAACCCAACAAUGGAGUAUGUCUACUGAGCAACGGGGAUGUGCUUACGCUUGCACCUGACGUCCAUGUGCAAUAUGAGCCGGAGAAGUAUGAUCGAGAAGAUCUUAUUAGCUCCCUUCAAGAGCGAGAAAUGGCCACCUUCAGUGAAGAAUACGUCAUAACGGACCGCGUCCUAGGGGCCGGUGGUUUUGGUCGUGUUCACAUGGCCACUCAUAAAAGCACCGGACGUCAGGUAGCUUGCAAGAUGGUCGAUCUGCAGGCACUCAGAGUGGCAUGCACUGCGGCAGUGGAGGCAGCAAUCCGGCGUGAAGCACCCCAACGCUCCAACAGCCCAGGAGCUCCGUCGAAAGCCAGCAUGGACUCACCAUCUACCGUCGCGAUACGGAGAGAGAGGUUUGAGAGCCGCAUCCAGGCAAAAUUUGCAGUUCAUACUCAAGAGCUUCGGAUACUUGCUGGCCUCAACCAUCCAAAUAUCCUUUACCUGGAAAGGGCUUUCCGGUCAGAUGUCUCAUUUUACAUCUUUACCGAGCUCUUUACCGGUGGAGAUCUGACCUCCCUCAUCCAGGAAAAGGGUCGGCUAGAGGAAACCCAUGCGGCAAGCAUUAUUCAUCAAUUAUUGCUUGCCCUCGACUAUCUUCAUGGUCAAGGGAUUGUUCACCGGGACAUCAAACCGGCGAAUAUCCUGAUGACAGGACAUGAAGAUGAUGCGAGGGUGGUACUAACCGACUUUGGCAUCUCCCGACGCGUUGGUCAAGAACGCAUGACGACCCCAGUCGGGACCCGACCUUUUUGCGCACCCGAGCUACGCCGGAGUAACACGCAGGGCUACAGCAAAGCCGUGGACCUCUGGGCCCUCGGCUGCGUAUGCAGCUGGCUGUUACUCGCGAGAAUCCCAAUCAGCGACCCCUACGUGGAUUUGUCUCCCCAAAUGGCAAUCCUGGAGGAAGACCUGAAUGAGGCAGAGGUGAGCAUGGCAGCUAAGGACUUUCUCUUAAGAUUGCUCCACAGGCGCGAGGCGGACCGGAUGGGGGUCAGUGCGGCGCUGCGUCACUGCUGGAUAAAAAUCGACGCAGAGGCACGCGCGGAGGCGUCCUGGCACUCUCUCGCUGAAGAGAGAUCGAGUAGCCGCAGUGGCGCGGUCAUUACUGAUAUCACUGACAUGUGA